GGAGUGUUGGCGGACACUGGAAAACAGUAAAUACUACUGUAUUCUAGCACUGAACACACCUGUCGAAGGAAAAUAAAACCGGUGAACGAAAUCUGAUACUGGUUGCAGCGGAUUUGUGACCUAAUACAAACGGCAUGCAAAAGAUCCUUCAACCUUCAGAGGAAGCUUCGUCGCCUUCCGUUAUGUCAGUAGAUUGUACAUUAGCGAAUAUCGAUCUGACCGCUAAUACUCCGCUUGUAAUGCAGUAUCAUUAUUGUGACUGGAGCCAGUGCUUCUUUUCUGGCUUUCAUGCAUCCUUGCGCCGUGGGGAAAUCACAAUAACAAAUACCGUAAUUGGACUUGGUGCACUUCGCACUGAAACAUUACUGCUUUAGUGAUGAAGGACAGCUGGUCGCGGUGUGAUUCCCUGCCGUAUCGUGUGUGCACGGAGCGGACAUCUAGGGAACUUUAUGGUGUCACGGAGAGCGAUGCCUUAGUUGUCAGCGUCGCUGAGUAUCCGCCAUACAGCUACGAAUCGCCGCCGGGAUCCUUGUGCUUCUGCGGCCUAGCAAUUUCUCUGCUCUCCCACAUUUCUAGUCUGCUUAAUCUAAGGUUCCUUUUGGUUCCCCAACGCAGUCCAGUCUUCAACACAUCGGAAGAUGGCCCACCGUUCGACAUCCGCAGUCAUCGCGCUGACGUCAGUGUGUGCCCGUUAGGCAUCACCCCGGCCCGCCUCGCGGAAUGGGAUCUACUGUCCAUCUAUACGGCGCGCACGUAUCAGGUGGCCAUCCAUAAAUCUCUGAUCGUGGAAGGCGGCACCGAAUCCCUCCUCCUGCACGGUAUUGUCGACAGUUUCGAUGGGUACAGCUGGCUCGGUAUUACAGCGGUGUCGCUGUGGAUGUGGGCCGUUUUCUGGGCUAGUAAUGUCUUGCUCUUCCGCUUACAACGGCGCUCGGACCGGCUACAGAUGUCGGUGGUGUGGAAAGCGUUCGGAAAGAUGUAUUGGGAGGUGUUCUACAGUUUCAUCAAUCAAGCGGAUAUCCAUCGAUCCAAAUAUGUAGCGGCUUACAACAUUAUCGCCUUGGUGUGGUUAUCGUGGACCAUGAUCAUCUUCUACACCAUCAUUACCGCAUCCUUGGCAAGCACGUUGAGCAAUAACCCGGCAACACUGCCAUUCGAUAGUCCCGAGUCGUUCCUGCAGUCCGAUUUUAUCAUGGUAUCGCGUCCUCUGGAAUCCUUUCAAUGGAAUGCCCUACAGAAUCUCUCCUCUAAAGUUGUCGAAUACGACACCACUUCCGACGCCUACUUGUAUGACCUGGCUGCCAAUACCAGCGGGCAGAAAGUGGCGGUUACCUGUAUUUUUGCGGAUAGUUCAGAAUGUACCGAUCGAGGCUUGGUGCCUGUAUUCGAUGCUGGGAUUAAACGAUGGGUGUCGUUGAUGCAAAUGCGGAAGAAUACUUCUGUAAUUCCUGAUUUUAAUUCCAGAAUACUGCGCUUUAUGCAAGGCGGCAUUCCACAGCAUCUGAUGCGAGUACAUCGACUUAUUUCUUAUCGCGACAAAGAGGCAGCGAUACAACCAACGGCAAGGCACCGCGGACUCAACGAACUCGCCUACGCUAUUACUAACGUCAGGCUGCGGCGAGUCUUUUACUGCGUUGCUGGUUUACUGUUCAUGUCCGCUGCGCUCUUUUCGUAUGAGGUCACAAUAUAGCCGCGAACAUGAGGCUAUGUUUGGUAUUUUGCUUUUGCCUACUGUCUGACCGUUGGCGUUUUCAUAAUUCAUCCAGCUUUCGGGAUUGUGCAUUUUAGUAUGUACUGCAAAAGCCUCAAUCAGUUACUGUACUUGGCUAGUGCGUUCUGCCGACAUUGAUUUCGAAGCAAGCGAUUCUUCAUCUUACUGCUGGAGUUCCGGCAUCCGCUCGCACUCCGCAUUG